GCAUUCGACAAACACACAACCAUGGAAGCCCCUGCCCCUGCCGCUCAAACCGACGCCCGUGCGUGCCACACCUGCGGCGAGACCGGCCACUUGCGCCGCGACUGCCCCUUGAACGCCGGUGAGAACGCCACAAACGCCAGCGGUGCUGCGUGCUUCGCGUGCGGCAAGACCGGUCACAUCAAGCGUGACUGCCCCAGCUCGUCCACCCGCGCGUGCCACAACUGCGGCAGCGCUGCCCACUUCCGCCGCGACUGCCCCGAAGAACAACGUCCUCGUGCGUGCCACAACUGCGGUGAAACCGGCCACGUCCGUCGCGACUGCUCCAAGGACGGCCAAGAGAGCCGCAAGUGCCACAACUGCGGCGGUUCCGGCCAUUUGCGCCGAGACUGCCCGGAAGAAAACGACGCGACCACCGACAAGUGCUACCAUUGCAACCAAACUGGUCACUGGGCCCGCAACUGCCCCACCAAGAACUAAGCCGUGCACGGACGUUGCAUGUCAUGGGGACUGGAGAGGAGAGAGGAUGGAAUGUGUAUUUACUUAGUUUUUGCAGUGAGAUGACACUUGUAGUCGGGUAGUUCAUUAGCUUAGUGAGAUGGGUUCCUGGUGCUUUUUAUCAGCUUGUGCGUGGAAGUUGUUCUGCGUGCAGGUGCAAUGUGCAUGCAGGUGAUGAUAGCUGGAGCGUAAUUUGAAUAUGAGUUCGUUCCUUCGUCAAUACA